ACUCCCACUAGUUGCGUCCCUGGUUGCCAUAGGAUUCUGUCUCUGACCGGGUGUUCUUUUGUUUCUCGUUUCAGCAAGCUUGCACUCCCUAUAAAAUCGCCUUCUCUAUAAUUUUGGUGUUCUCCAAGUCAUUAGCCUCAAACUUUCCCAUUAAAAUGAUGAAAACAGGAUAAGGAGAGGGACGAAGGCAAAAUGCUUUGCUUUCCUUUGCGGUCUUUGCAAGUUUUUUUUUGGCAUGUCUUCCAAAAGUUAUCUGCAGAAGUGCCCUGCCUUUUUCAGUAGAUCAUAUAUUAGCUGCUACUUCUGAUUCCAACCAACCCAGUUAGGAUUCCGUUGUUUGGUGCCGCAAAUGGUAGUUGCCAUCAUGGGGUUUCUGCCUUCUCACACAGGGUUACCGCAAAAAUCGAGUUGCCGUAGUGGUAUCUGUGAUCCUAUGGUUUUGAAACAACGUAUCAGACAUAAAAGGGUUGGCAUUUUCGGUAGGAAGCAGAUAUCGCCCACAAACCGUUUGUAUUAUGGUCAGAAUGACACUGGUGCUCUGAGGGUCUUUGUCAUGUCGGACUUGCAUACAGACUAUGCAGAGAACAUGGCAUGGGUGAGGCGCUUGUCGACUGUGUGGUACAGGAACGAUAUCCUCAUUGUUGCUGGGGAUGUUGCGGAAACAUACAAGAAUUUUGUGGUCACCAUGUCUGAGUUGAAGGAUAGGUUCAGUGGUGUCUUCUAUGUGCCUGGGAACCAUGACCUCUGGUGCCGAAGGGAAGGAGGCAACUAUACUGAUUCACUGGAGAAGUUGAGAGCCUUGCUUGAUGUAUGUACUGAACUAGGAGUAGAAACCAGCCCAAGAAUUGUUGAUGGUUUGGGAAUUAUUCCUUUAUUCUCAUGGUACCACAAGAGUUUUGAUAAAGAGAAGGAUGUAACUGGCAUUCGAAUCCCUUCACUUGAGAUGGCUUGCAAGGAUUUUCAUGCAUGCACAUGGCCCCCGGAAUUAUCAAAUGGUGAUGUAGCUCUUGCUCAUCACUUUGAUAUGAUGAAUGAGAAGAACAAUAAUGCAGUCGAAGAAGUCCAUAAGACCAAUUGUCAGAUAAUAACAUUCUCCCACUUUCUUCCAAGGCAAGACUUAUGUCCAGAGAAAAGAAUGCUUUUUUACCCAAACCUUCCGAAGAUAAUAGGCUCUGACUUUCUGGAGGUCAGAUUGAGGUUUAUACAUGGUAAAAAUGGAAACAGAUCAGCUUGUCAUGUCUUUGGCCAUACACACUUCUGUUGGGAUGCUGUGCUUGAUGGUAUUAGGUAUGUCCAAGCUCCUUUGGCUUAUCCUAGAGAAAGGAAAAGGAGGAUGAAUGGUGGUGAAAAUUGGUUGCCAUUUUGCAUCUAUCAUAAAGGAUUCAUGGAUAAACUAUCACCUUCCUACUGGUCUGAAUACUACUCCAAAAACAAAAGAGAACCUGAUAAGACUGAUCUUGCACCAUGGGUUGCCAGAUUUUAUACAAGGUAGCCCAAGCCACUUUCUCUCUCAUUAUUUAUGCUUUUUGUUGUACAAUUAUGUAACCUGUAAAUGUAAAAUAAGAUUUAGCAAAUGACAAUUGAGGGUGGGUCCAAAUUCAAACCCAAUGCUAUUAAAUAUGUUAAGAAAGCUACAUUUUUUUUU